UAGCAGAAGCCUAGGCUAGUAUAGAAUAGUCGGUUUGAGAAUCGCAUAUUUUAUCAUCUAUUCUAUUGAUACUACACACCGACGUCAUAGAAUAGAAAACAGAAGAAACGCCCGAACUAAUAUUUCAGAGAUUCGGGAACUAGUUGUAUACGUUUGUACACUUUAUUUUAGCUGGGUGGAUCUGUAAGCUUAAGUUAUGUGUUCGCGAUGUGAAAGUCGAAAAUCUGUGAGGCCGGUGUGAAAUGGAAAAAUUCGUCUGGAUGUAAACGUAUGUAAUGAAAGGUUUAGCCGCUGUAUUGGAAUAGGGGUUGGACUUGAAUAUUUAGCAAACUAGGUCGCGAUUCAUAGUUAUUGUGUCCGUUUUGGAUUAUUUUUUGUUUACUUGAUGGAUGUAAAGGCUUCGAGACGGGAUUAUUAGCAAUUCUUAGACCCCUUGUUAGCGAAAGGGGUUUAAAGUAAGUUAAGGGUGUGUCUAGGUUGCCUUAUUUUUAGAAAGCAGUGUGCCAGCUAUCUCAAAACUGAGCAUGGGGUGCACACAAAGCGCAGAGGACAAGCUGGCUAUGGAAAGAAGUAAACAAAUUGAAAAAGGAUUAAAAGAAGAUGGAAUACAAGCAGCUAAAGAUAUUAAACUUCUUCUGCUAGGGGCUGGCGAGUCCGGGAAAAGUACGAUCGUCAAACAGAUGAAAAUCAUUCACGAAGGUGGCUUCACAUCAGAGGAUAACAAACAGUUCAAGCCAGUCGUCUAUAGUAACACAAUUCAGUCCCUGGUUGCCAUUAUAAGGGCCAUGGGCACACUGAACAUUACAUUUGGUGCAAUUGAACGUGAGUCUGAUGCAAAGAUGGUCUUGGAUGUAAUUGCCCGGAUGGAGGAUACUGAACCCUUCUCCGAGGACCUGCUGGUGGCUAUGAAGAGGCUUUGGCAGGAUCCAGGCGUCCAGGAGUGCUUCGGCCGCUCCAACGAGUACCAGCUGAACGACUCAGCGAAAUAUUUCCUGGAUGACAUUGAACGCCUAGGAGCGAAAGAUUAUAUGCCGACGGAACAAGAUAUAUUACGAACUCGAGUGAAGACGACGGGCAUAGUAGAAGUUCAUUUCUCUUUUAAGAAUUUAAAUUUUAAAUUAUUCGAUGUGGGCGGACAGCGGUCAGAACGGAAGAAGUGGAUCCACUGUUUUGAGGACGUGACGGCCAUUAUCUUUUGUGUCGCAAUGAGUGAAUACGAUCAGGUCCUGCAUGAGGACGAGACCACAAACCGUAUGCAGGAGAGUCUGAAGCUGUUUGAUUCCAUUUGUAACAACAAGUGGUUCACCGACACCUCGAUCAUUCUCUUCUUGAACAAGAAGGACCUGUUUGAGGAAAAGAUCAAGAAAUCAUCCCUCACCAUCUGUUUCGCGGAAUAUACAGGCAAAAACACGUACGAGGAAGCAGCCGCCUACAUCCAGGCGCAGUUUGAAGCGAAGAACAAAAGUUCAACGAAAGAAAUUUAUUGCCAUCAAACAUGCGCGACGGAUACCAACAAUAUUCAGUUUGUUUUCGAUGCUGUCACAGAUGUGAUCAUAGCUAACAAUUUACGUGGAUGUGGCUUAUACUAGAGUUAUGCCCCUUUGUAGAGGGACUUAAAUUGGGUCGGAAUGGUUGCGUGGAUUUUCAGAUUAUGUGUGCUACUGUGCGUUAUGUCGUGCUGUAUUUCAUUAUUGAGGCGGUUUGCUGUUAUACUAAAAAUCGAAAACUGUGGUAUGUGGAUAAGGCUACAGUUUAAAGAACUCCAUAUAUAUGUCAAUGUAGAUAUAUAUGACAAGGAAACAGUGAUUAUGAUGUUAGCAGACAGCUGCUUUCAACAUGGAUCAAGAAAGCUGGACAAAAGCGCUAGUUUCAACUAAUUUUCAUAGGAGAUUUUUAAAUGACUCUCUUGACAUUGCCUUGUGGAAAUUUGAUGUAGCGAUCCACAUUUGUGUAAGGGAUUUUACGUAAAGUCCUGUUGUAUUGGAUUUAUUCAAUGGAUCCAUUCUGUAUUUUUUAUAUUUGAUGGUGUCAAAUCCAGCUUUUGUGACCAACUAUCUUUUUGUGAUGUUUGACCAAGUUGCAGUUACUUCCCUUUGACAAACCCUUGUCAUUGGCGUUGUACUGCUACGUUAUUAUAAUGAUUAUAACUUAUAAUGGUUGGUUUUAAACAUGAAGUAACAGGAUUUCCUUCGUAUGUGCCGCAAAUUGUUGUCUAUUUAUUUAUCGUUAUUAUUAUAAUAUGGUGUGCUAUUCAUUUUGAGCACCACCUGUAUAUGACAUCAAAAUGUGCUGAAUGUGAAUUGAUGAGUCUGUCGUGUAGUAAAAGGUUUUAAUGUCUUUGUAUUUUUCUAUUAUUUUGAUCGGUAUCAACUGAAUGAGUGAAGAGCUUUGGCGGAAUUUCUUAAGUUACUGUGCAAAUAUUUGAAAUGAAAUUUGAACUUGUAUACAUUAUAAGUUCUAUUAAAAAAACAUUUUCAUUAUAUUGAAUAUCUGGAACACUUCUUUCAAUAAUCUUUGUCGUUUUUAUGAUCUGAGGAUUUUGUUUAUGUUUAGAAAGGACAUUUGUAGUUUCGCAUGAGCAUUCUAAUCAUUCAGAUAGACUUGAGCGGUUAAAACACGCAGACAAAAACACACGCCCUUGACCUAUUUCAAACAGACUGAAUUUGAAGAAUAAAUCAAUAAAUUUAUAUUUAACACAUCGUAGUAAUGGUGAAUACCUCAAUCGAUUUGGUCUAAUAUGUUUUAUAUAAAUUGUAUAGGUUAUAAGUCCUUCCAUACCUUGAUUGAAUAGUGUGUUGUUUUUAAAUCUGCAUUCUCACAGAUAUACAGUUUUUACAACUUUUUUUAUUUUUUGUCUUGGAAAGCGCAAAUUUUUACGUAAAUAACUGCAAACCAAUUAUAAAAGAUUGCUGACAAAAGAUCAGAUCGCAGAUUUUUAUAUUUCCGUUCGAAAAUUAAUGUUUCAUGGCUUAAAGCGUUACUAACGGUUUAAGAAAAAUGCAUAAAACAUCAGUUUUGAACUUAAUUAUAAAAAUCUGCGAUCUUUUUUUGUAAGCAGUCUUAUAUAACUGGUUUCCAUGGAUGCUUGCAAAAAUUGCUUGUUUCAGGACAAGAAAUAAAAAGUUGUCAAAACGUCCAAUAUGGGAGAGUGUAGCUUUAACCAUCAGAAAUAAACAUGUUACGUCUCUUUUAUUAACAAAUCUGUCUUGGGUGUUAGAAUAUCAUGCAAGCAUUCCAUAUCAAUAUUUCAUAUUCUAUUACUGUUAUAAGUGUAGUUUUUGUGUAUAAUUUGCCAGAGAGAAAGGUUUAUCGUACACUAGUGUUCAUGUAUAGAAGGAGUGAAAGAUUACUAGAAUAUAUUUGUGUGACGGAAAUUGUCCGUUAGCACAUGUCAAUCAAAUAUACAAUUUAUUUUCAUUUUUUGUUUUUGUUUUAAUUAUUAUUCAUGCAAAUACAUAGUCGACAUCAUUGCUUAUAGCAUACCAAAAUCUUAGUGUAAGGUUUAUACUCGGUCAAAAAAUAUAAUGGUAAAUUAUAGAUCUUUCGUUGUUUAUCUUCAUUUUAAUGUCAAAGUUUUUCAUAACAUUUGGAAUUGGAAUAAGACGAAUAAUUUUCUUGUGUAAGGUACUAGUAUAUUGAAUUAAUUUUUACUUUUGCUUAAUUUGUUAUCUUUCAUGUUUUUUUUCAUAUAUCUUUCCUUUUAUAGCAAGUCUUUAAAAGACGUUCACGCAUAUAUUUUUUGUCUUGUUUUAACAUUAUUGAUUAAAUUCCCUUAUUUUAAAAUUUAAGGUCUUCGAUGUACAAAAAAGUGAGUUUUGGAUUUCUGAUGACCCCAUAUAAUUUUGGUAUCAUUUCAAAGAGUUUGACUUGAAAAGAAAGAAUAUGUAAACACUAUACCGAAAAAUAACCUACAAACACACAUCUUUGGGAUUGAAAUAUUGCAAAAUGGACCAUUCCACAUCCGAUUUAAGUUAAAAUAAAGAACCAAAAUAUAAACUUCCAUAACUUUAUCUGUAGUUUCGCUAAUGUACGUUUGAUAUUAGUAACCAGCAUGCACUACCCUUGCAAAUGACGUCAACAUUAUAUUAGGUCACCAGACAUCGAAAUACAACAUAAGCGCCGAUAAGACGUAUCUGACAUGACACUAUCUUUUACUAUAAGUGUAUCAGACGAAGCGUAUCUGACAUGGAGCUAUUUUUAACUUCAGUAUGGUAUCAGCCGUAACGCAUCUGACAUUGAACUUUUUUACCUUAAGUGUGGUAUGAGACACAACGUAUCUGACAUGACACUAUCUUUUACUAAAAGUGUAUCAGACGAAGCGUAUCUGACAUGGAACUAUCAUUAACUUCAGAAUGGUAUCAGACGUAGCGUAUCUGACAAGAAACUAUGUUUACCUUAUUCAUUUUAGACGUAAAGUAUCUGACAAGGAACUGUAUUUACCUUAAUCAUAUAAGACAUUACGUAUCUGACAUUGAAACAUCUUUCCAUUAAACACGAGAUCCAUUCCAUUUAAUAUAUCCGAAGUAGCGUAUCUGACAUCAGACGUAACGUAUCUUACAGGGAAAUAUCCUAACCUGGUUUCAGACGAUAACAUUACUUAAGCUUAAAUGUACAUCCGAUAUGUUAAGACAUUUAAGAUUUAGGUUUGCAAAACCACUUUUCAUUUGUAACAAACGUUUGUAAUAGAAGAAAUCAACACUUUUAUGACUAAAUAUAAUUACAAAUUGUGUUUACACGUCUAUUUAAGGCUUUACUUCUGCUCAAAGUGGCAACGUGCAAUGUUUAUUUUUAAAUCACAUUAUUUAUAUAAUACAUAGUUAUGUUUGUUUUCCUCUAUUUAUGAUUUUAUAACGUUAGUUCGGCAUGUUUAAAGUAACAGUAUAUUAUUAUUUCAUGUUAAAGUAACAAUGUUUAUAAACCAAUUAAUGUCAAUGUUAUUCAUAGUGUGCUUAUACGAUUUAUUAAGAUCACUGACUUUUUAAAAUGACACAUUUCGUCACUGUGAAGGUAUUUUAAAUCUAAAAAAGCGCUUUCAGAAUUCAGCGGCUAAUUUGUUGUGAUGGUAUUUUUUUAUGGGAUUAUGGCCAGUGUUAAUAAAGUUGGACGCAACUGCCGUUUGAAAAAUAGACUGUUUGUUGAAUUCUACUUCAGAGCAGCCCUAGUUUGCUUUGCUGAUUUUGCGUUUAUUACAAGCGGUCUCUUUUCAAACUCUUAAUAGUGUCGUGGAACUGUCAUCCUAUAUCUAACUUAAUGUAUCUUAUAUCGAUCUAUCUUUACCGAAAGAAUGAUGUCAGACGUAACGUAUCUGACAAUGAACUAUCUUUGACUUUAGUGUGGUACUUAGGCCUAACGAAUCUUGUCCAGCAGAUCUGAUAUAUUUUAGUUUAAAUGCAUUUAUAAAUUCGUCCCAGUAACUUCAAGAAAAAAAUAACAACAAUAAUGUGUCUAUGUUUCCGCUUUGCUAGAAAGUAAUCAAGUAGGGAAUACAAAGAACAUUGCAUGUAACAUUUGAUGUUUUGAUUUAUAUUAUCAUUGACAUGUUGUAUAUUUAUACAGACUUACGUGAAAACUUGCUUUUUAUGCUAGCACUUUUAUAAGUGUCAUUCUUGGAAGUCGUUCACGAGUGUCACACUACAUGAUGUAGAUGCUACUAGAUGUCUUUAGUGACGAUAUUUGACCGUGUGUUCGUUAUAUAAUUUUUCGCUACAUUAUGUCAUAAAUGGCGCUUGGGCUCUUGGCAACAGUUUGUAAAAUGCUUUUAUGUUAAUGUUUCAAACGUGAAUAUUUAGGUGUAACUAUUAUAUUGAGUAAUUUAUCUUAUGAAGUAACAUUUGUAUAUUCCACCACUGUCUGUCCAUUCUGAUUAUGACGUCAUCGCAAAUGACGUUUUCUAUUGAUUGCUGUAGCAAUGACCUAUUUUUGCUGCAUGGCGUUGCUACAGCAAUUAACAACACAUAAACCAGCUGAUACAGUGUAUGUUUAUAUGAAACAAAUUAUGUCUGUGAAUGUAAUUGUCUAUCUAUCUCUAACAUUAACUUGAAAUAAAAACUUAGCAUUUUAA